AUGGAGGCUUCUGCGUGUACUCCUUCUGAUACUGGGAAGGUCGCAGCCUCCGACUCUCCAACCGCUUUCACUGGCAUCGACGAUGCUCUCCUCUCAGUUGCUCUGACCUCUUUUUCUGCAGUGGCCAUGCCUGUCACAGCUUCUGCUGCUCUUGGCGAUCCUGUCCCUAAGUUUGAGUUUCAGGCUCGUGUGGCCAACCCAGUCACUAUCGACCCUCCUUCCAGCUCCAAUAUUGCUGCCAUGGAGGUUGAUCCUCCAUUCGCUACCAUGUUCGAUAAACCUCCUUCUGCGCAAGGCUCUGAGAUCAUUGAGCUCUCCAGCAACGAUGAGGAUAAUAGUGACAGUGAUGAGGUCGAGUUCAUGGGUGGCACGAUCUCCAACUUGUCUCCAGCACAUCCUAAUAAGGGCAAGGGUCACGGUUGCAAGUCCAUCAAAGCUUCCAAAAUGACUACGACCUCAGAGGACCAAGUAUCUCCUGGCUUGGCAGAAGCCAUCUAUCACUUGCUUGAAGCUGUACCAUCUGAGGGAAUGGCCACUGCCCAAGAUGCCAGAUGCCAAGGUGAUUGUGAAGGAUCCAGUUACCAGGUUGAUUAUAACAAGCAGAUGCGUGAUGCAAACACUGCCAGUAGCGAUUAUGCUGCUGAGCUCGAGCUUCCUCUAGAUACGCCGAUCGACGAAUAUGAGACCACGAUUGCCCUGACCCCAUGCCUUCGUCUGGUCCAUACCUUACCUGACACGCCCAAGCCUGAUGUCAAGUUCGACACUGAAGGUCAUUUCGACAGGCCUCCCAAGUGUCCUCGCUUUAACAGCUCUGACCCUGAUGACAUCAUGACACAGCACACCCACGCCGGCACCAUUGUCAUUCUGUCGACCAAGGUCCUCAAGCUGCACUCGUCGAAAGGCAAAUCUUGUGCAAAGGGCUCCUCCAAGGCUGCGACCGUGAAGUCAGAGCUGAUUCGUGCUUCGACAGCCAUCAUUGAGCCUUCUGCAGCCAGUACGCAACUCAAGUAG